UAAUUGGGCAAAUAAAUUUGACUUAAGAAAAAUAAAAAUUGCAAUUUGGUUUCACUUCUUGAACCAUGCUGACCCAUCUCCUCCAAAAACUAAACCAUAAACCACCCACCACCGUCUUCCUCCGCCGGAAAACCACCUCAGCUGAAUACGUAGCCUCAAGAAACCGAGACCCCACUUUCGAAAAACUCAUGGACAAGUACAAAAACCUCUUCAAAGUAAUCGCAAUACAAGACCUCAUCCUCGGUACAACCACCAACGCCGCCGCACCUCCCGCCGUCUCCCUCGAUUUCCUCAACCGCCUAUCCCAGCGCCUCCAUCUCAACCGCGGCGCCACCCAUUUCCUCCGUAAGUACCCUCACAUCUUCAACAUUUUCCACCACCCUAUCAAAUUACAACCUUAUUGUACACUGACGGAAACCGCCCUCAAAAUCACCCAACACGAAGCUACAGCUAUCAAUGCUACUUUACCACUUGUAGUAACCCGUUUGGUUCGUUUAUUGUCGAUGUCAGUGACUAAAUCAUUGCCCCUUAGAGCCAUUUUCAAGGUUUUUAGGGAACUUGGGUUGCCUGAUGACUUUGAGGAAAGUGUAAUCUUGAAAAAAUCUGACCUUUUUGCACUUGUUGAUAGUGGGAAUGAACCGAACACUCAUUUGUUGAAGCUUGUUGGGGAUAUACCGAAGGGGGAGUUAGUGGCUGCUGUUGAUAAUUGGAGGGUAGUGGAAUGUUGUAAAGAGGAUUGUGGGGUUGAUAGGAAUGAGAUUUUGUAUAGUUUUAAGCAUUGUUAUCCACCGGGGAUGAAGUUGAAGAGGAGUUUUAAGGCAAAGGUUAAAGAAUGGCAACAGUUGAAGUAUGUGGGGCCGUAUGAGGCUGUGGAUAUUGGAAAGAAGAGGAAAAAUAAGAUUGGGAUGAUGGAGAUGGAGAAGAGGGCAGUUGGUAUUGUCCACGAGUUUUUGAGUUUGACAGUUGAGAAAAUGGUUGAGGUAGAGAAGAUUAGUCAUUUUAGGAAGUGGUUUGGGAUUGAUUUGAAUGUAAGGGACUUGUUUUUGGAUCAUCCAGGGAUAUUUUAUCUUUCGACAAAAGGGUAUCGGCAUACAGUUUUUUUGAGGGAGGCUUAUGAAAGGGGAUGCUUGAUUGAACCCAAUGCAGUGUAUGAGGCUAGGAGGAAGCUUCUUGAUCUUGUUAUUUUGGGACGGCGAGGGUUGUCUAGAGGUCAUUCUGAGCCAACAGGUGUGAACCAAGGGGAAGACGGUUUCACUGAGGAGCUGAAGACUGAUUCAGAUGAAGAUUAGUUUACUAUCCGUACCAUAAAUGCAAGAUGCUUUGCAAUUCUAAAGGCCUGAUGGAAAGGAUCAUAGAAGUCAAGAGACUUGAACAAAUUCUUAGCAAAUGAAAUUAGAGGUAAGGAUUGAGCCCACAAGUUAUAUAUUCUUCAUUUUAUCAGGUGUUUUGGAAGCCUUUCAUUCAAAAGCACAAACAUUGCUUUCACUUUACUUUCUGAUGGACCACGACAUUCUUGUCCAUGACAUUCCAGUAUGUUGUCGCCCAAUCAACCAACUAUGCAUCAAUUCCAAACUACUAUUUAAGAUUGGCUAUAUUAGUCGUCUAUAUCCUUUCAACUCUCCUCAGGGCUCAGACCCAUUUCAUUACAACGUCCAGAAAGAGCAGAUGUUUUUAUACUAUCAAAAAAUUGAACUUCCUCUUUUCUUUUCCUGACUUCCCAACAUAUGUUAUAGAGGCAGAAGCAAGUAAUAUAUAUCUCAUGGCUAUACACGGUAAUAUCAUCUGUUUAUUAUCAAGAAAGCUAAUCUUACCACUUGAGGUCUUUCUAACUUAACUUACUGAAAACCAAUGCAACGCAAAGACUCGUAUGCACAUGAAACACACCCUGCAUGUAUCUGAAAUUAAGGUCAACGAUUUGAUGUUUAGCAACCUUUCAACUAAUACAGUGGGAUGGUAGGUUGGCUGAUCUGUGAGAGUUUGCAUAUAUAGCUAGUUCACGUUGGAAGACAAAUGGAGAUGGGUCAUGUAUAACAUUCAAAUUGUUGUCAGCGGGGAUUAAUUAUCUACCAAUUAGCGUAGAGAUCUGCCUCAGAGGAAAAGGCCGAGUCUCCUUGUACAAUUGUAACAGUGCUGUGAGACGUGCGGCUUUGUGAUGGAUGGAUGACCUGAGCAAGUGAAUGUUUAGUUGAUAACUUAAGAGAGUUGUUUUUAUUAGGGUUGUGAUCUUUGGCCGAAACACAGGCUGUUAUGCUUGCAGUGUCCUGUUUUCUGAACUUUCCGCGCGAUUCUUUUCAGUUGUGAAGGUGGGAAAGCCAGCGAAGGGGAUCUGAGCAUUCAGUGUAGCAAUUCAGAUGGAUGCUUGACUUCAGUUUCUAAAAUGUAGACAGGACUAGUGUCAUUGAUUAUAUCACUUUGCUCGGAAAAUGAUCACUUUUACUUUGGUGUUGUGCUCUGCAGUUGUGUUGUACUUUACCCACAAAUUCUAGCAGAGAAGAAAAACCGUAGUAGUUUUUCUCCAUCUGCCCGAUGUUGUUGGAUGGAAUUACCUGGUCUCCUUGCUGGCAGGAGAUAGCAGGUACCAAGUGAAAUAAUCAGAGAUGCGAUCUGGAUACCAUGUUUAUUAAAAAAAUUUACUCUUGUGGAUCCUUCAUUGAUCCUUAUGUAUGAGUUAAUCAGACGAGUGAGUUGAAAGCUGAUAUUAUUAGUUGAAGAAGAAUGUAAAUUUGAUUUUUGAAAUAAUGCACCAUUUGAUAUUAAAUGAUAUUCCACUCUUCCUCCA